AGGAGGGAGGGAGGGAAGGAGGGAAGGAAGGAAGCUGGGAAGCCGCGAGCGAGCGGGGGCGCGAGGCGUUUACCUGGAGGCAGCGGCUGGGGCGCGCAGCGCGGCCGCGGCUCCCCCGCACCUGCGGCCAUGGAUGAGGAGCGCGCCCUCUACAUCGUCCGGGCCGGCGAGGCAGCGGCUAUCGAGCGGGUCCUGCGGGAGUACAGCGAGAAGCAUAGGGCUACUUUCAAAUUUGAGUCAACUGAUGAAGAUAAACGAAAGAAACUCUGUGAAGGCAUAUUUAAAGUCCUAGUGAAGGACAUCCCAACAACAUGUCAAGUGUCCUGCCUGGAAGUUCUCCGCAUUCUCUCUAGAGACAAAAAGGUUUUAGUUCCUGUAACAACCAAGGAAAAUAUGCAGAUACUAUUGCGACUAGCCAAGCUCAAUGAGUCGGAUGAUUCUUUGGAGAAGGUGUCAGAGUUCCCGGUUAUUGUGGAGUCAUUGAAAUGUCUGUGUAACAUAGUGUUCAAUAGUCAGAUGGCACAGCAGCUCAGUCUGGAACUUAACCUUGCUGCAAAGCUUUGUAACCUCCUGAGAAAGUGCAAGGACCGAAAGUUUAUCAAUGACAUUAAGUGCUUUGACUUGCGCUUGCUCUUCCUCUUGUCACUUUUGCACACCGACAUCAGGUCACAAUUGCGCUACGAGCUCCAGGGACUACCGCUGCUAACCCAGAUCUUGGAAAGUGCCUUUAGCAUCAAGUGGACUGAUGAGUAUGAAUCGUCCAUAGAUCAUAAUGGACCGCCUCUCUCAGCUCAGGAGACAGACUGUGCCAUUGAGGCCCUCAAAGCUCUCUUCAAUGUGACAGUAGACAGUUGGAAAGUGCAUAAAGAGAGUGAUUCUCAUCAGUUCCGAGUCAUGGCAGCUGUCCUUCGCCAUUGUUUACUAAUUGUAGGUCCAACAGAAGAAAAAACAGAAGAGCUGCACAGCAAUGCAGUCAACCUUUUAAGCAAUGUUCCAGUCUCUUGUUUGGAUGUUCUCAUUUGUCCAUUAACCCAUGAAGAAACUGCACAAGAGGCAACGACUUUAGAUGAAAUACCCAGUGAUAAAACAGAUGAGAAAGAAACAGUUUUGAAAAACAAUACCAUGGUAUACAAUGGUAUGAAUAUGGAGGCCAUUCAUGUUUUACUCAGUUUUAUGGAGAAAAGAAUAGACAAGGGAAGCAGCUAUAGAGAGGGUCUAACUCCAGUUCUCAGCUUAUUAACAGAAUGUUCCCGAGCCCAUCGAAACAUCAGAAAAUUUCUCAAAGAUCAGGUUUUACCGCCGUUGAGGGACGUGACAAAUCGACCUGAAGUCGGCUCAACUGUGAGAAAUAAGCUGGUGCGCCUCAUGACACAUGUUGACCUCGGAGUCAAGCAGAUCGCUGCUGAAUUUCUUUUUGUCCUUUGUAAAGAGAGAGUGGAUAGCCUGCUGAAAUACACUGGCUAUGGGAAUGCUGCAGGACUGUUGGCGGCCAGGGGCCUCUUGGCUGGAGGAAGAGGAGAUAAUUGGUACUCAGAGGACGAGGACACAGACACUGAAGAAUACAAAAAUGCAAAACCAAACAUUAAUCUUAUCACUGGUCAUUUAGAGGAACCAAUGCCAAACCCCAUAGAUGAAAUGACAGAAGAACAAAAAGAAUAUGAAGCCAUGAAACUUGUCAACAUGCUUGAUAAACUUUCCAGAGAGGAGUUGCUUAAGCCAAUGGGACUAAAACCUGACGGGACAAUAACGCCUUUGGAGGAAGCACUCAGUCAGUACUCUGUCAUCGAAGAGACCAGCUCCGACACAGACUGAAACAUCACCUGCUCAACUCUCAAUAUUGCUUUUAUCAGCAUCUUUUCUCUGUAGCUCCAGGGGAAUCUUUUCUCUACAACAUUUAUGCCCUUGCUUUGGCUAGAAACACAUUAACUGGUUUACUCGUUGAGAAUCCAGCAUAUUUACGAGGUGAUCCUGUGUUUUUGCGAUUCUGAGGCAUUCGUGCAGAGCUGCAGUUAGAGUUGCAGAGGCGAGUCGCCCGGGGGAGAAAUCAUUCCGUUUCACCGGGAUGGAACCCAAGGACUUUCCAUGCAGCAGUCUUGGCUCAGUCUGGCCAUCUGUUCGCUCCGAUUCUUAGAAGAUUCCUCCAUGUCCGUCCUCACUGGCAUGAGCUGCCCCUCACAGCUCUGCCAGGCAGACAGAGCGAGGCAUGGGAGACGCAAAGGGAGUCGCUAAGGGCUGAGGCAAGCGCGGUGUUAAAUCAGGACUGACGAAAUGGAAGCCAAGCAGCUGCUCCGUCAUCCCGCCCUAGUCUCACUUGGGUUUUGUAAAAAUACACACACACACACACACACACACACACACACACACACAGAGCCCCAGAGUGGCAAACUCAUCACACCUAAGAGGUUAGUUAGUCACUUACUAGAACUUCAGAAUACAUUUCUCCCCAUGAAGAGUAAUAAGUGAUGGUUUGGUUCUGAGGCAGCUAUAGAUGCCUAUUUAUUCCCCACUCACCUGAACACUAGUACCAUGGAACUGAGCCCCAUCUGUCUGUGGCCCGGGGAACAUGCAUUCUGAGGUCCUGGAGCCCUCCGGGACGGGAGCUUCUCUGUGGCCUCUGCCAGGUGCGGAGAGCUAGCCGCCCGCUCUGGACGUGGAGGUCACCAUGCAUCAUGUGUCAGCUGGGGACUGUGUGUGCUUGUGUGUGUUCUACCUUCCUACCGUAUGUGAUCAGUUUAACAGUAACUUUAUUUAUUUAAAAAAAAAAAACCACGUAGUUACUGUUAAAUUGAUUAAAGCUGUUUAUUUUUACUCCUAGAAUUGGUCAUACGAAGAAGUAGAAAUUGAAUCAUGCAAUAGACAGUGGACCUAGUUAAUCAGUGGCUAAAGUUGAAAGGGGUUGGUUUCCUUUUAUAUCCAUAUAUGUAUGUGGGUAUAUGUCUGCAUAUACACAGGUGCAGACAUAUACCCACAUAGAUAACGUGCUUAACCACUGCCUUUUAAAACUUUAAAUAAAACAUUGGGGUUGAUUCAA